AUGCAUCUUCCAUGGCUACUGCUGGUAUGGAUAAUCCUCCUCGAAGCCCAGAAAGUUUGGGGGCUAGUGGCGGCGCUGACGACAGAAAAGGACAUAGAAAACAGCGAUGGCAGGACGAAGCGGCAGCCGCAGUUGUCCCGAGCACCGAGAGCAGUGCAAGCAGCCGCGGCGGAGGUGGCGGCGGUGGAGACCAAGGAGAAACACCGAGACUCCCUAGAACGACCAGGAGGAGGGUUAAGGCAGAAAAAACAACAACCACAGCUACGACAGGAACAUCAACAUUAUCAGCGGCCACCGGGGGCACAAGCUCCGCCUGGCCAGGAUACCGCCACAGCAGCGGCGGUGGCGGUGGCAAAACCGGCCGCACCUGUGAAGGGAGAGGAGCGGCAGAGCGAAACACAAAAUACAGAAACCGAACGUAUCCUGGCGGAGUUCGAGAUUGCAGAAGGAGGAGGACUGGCCGGGAUUGGUACCCCCCUGGUGCCCAGCUUCUGUCCGUCUGAGCCGUUCGAGCGCUAUGCAGCGAUGCACCGGAACAUCAUGGCCGGGAAAUUGGAACCGAGAUACCUGGUGUUCCGCCCAUACCUGCAGUGCGGCAUGGGCAACCGUCUCAAGGGGUACCGAGGCGUGUUGGGCCUUGCGAUGAUGACGGACAGGGCGCUCCUGGUGGACUGGUACGGGGGCCUAGAUUCGUCCCGGAGCGGGACAGAGCACAAGUUCGAAGACAACUUCCUAGAAGCGGGCGGAGUGCCCUGGGACAUUUUUCCCUCCUCUCUGGAGGGCUACGACAGCGGCUCGAAUUUCAAGACCGAGAUUUGGUGCCAGAUGCCCAAUGCGUUCGGCGUAAAAACGCCGUGCGACAAGAGCAGAAUGACGCCCGACUUUCUGGGCACUGCAGACUGGGAUGAAAUUUACGCCAAGGACACCCAGGUCGUGGUUGUACAAUCUCACAAUCACAACCCGAUGGAUAUGUUGCGGGUGAACAAGAAACCGAGCGUCGCGAGGGCCCUGGGGAAGCUGAACGUGGACGUUGACCCGGACGUUUUCGGGACCUGCGCUCUACGGUUCCUGCUCAAACCUCGGCCGGAGUUCAAGGGGCGCUACUGCGAGGAGCGCUCAGCGGUGCUGGGCAACAAGACCGCGAGCAUUUCCUUGCACCUUCGGACCGGGGACAACCCUAACUACCACCCGGAGUGGUACAAGACCCUACCUACGGACUUGGAGAACUUCACCGCUUGCGCGACGGGGCUCGAAGAGGGGCUGGCGAUGGUCGCCGCGAUGUACGCAGCAACACCCGGGCCCGACUUCGACAUCUUCAGCACGUUCAUGGAACGACGGGACUUGAUCUGGGUCCUGGGAACCGACAGCUCCGAGAUCAUCAACCUUCUCACAGAGGGAGAAUACACGGUGGCUCAAGGCGGAAAGGUGGCGUUCGUAGAGGGGAACAAGUUCCACCGCUCCCACAGCGGCAACAAAGGGGGCAAGGGUUCUAACAACGCCGGGCCGCUUAUCGACCUCGCCCUGCUAUCUGAGGCACCGCUUUUUGUGGGAUCCUACUGCAGCACCUUCUCACAGAACACGGCGGAGAUCGGCGGGCUGCCUGUUCCUCUGCGCCUGUUUCUGUCAACUCCGUUCCACCACCUUCUAGGAGGAUCACAUGUGGACUGGGACCGGUUCGACGACUUUCGUCAAGGGUGCAGGGACAUCGUUUCAGACCCGAGCUCCCGCGAGCACCUGCGGGUAGCCUUGAAGACCAACCUCGAGCCGUGGAUUCGCUGCGACGACCAGGGAAGGUGAUGCUACACCACCGCCAUUUCCACGAUCGUGAUACCUUUUUCUUUCAUUCAACUGCGAGGAUAUCUUCUUGCAAUUCUCACCACAAGCUUGGUUGUACACCAACGGAGUUGGCAUCGUGUUAUCAUUGUUUUCGUUUCAAGACUGCUUCAUGCCUGAAAAACGUAACGAGUCUACUUAGCCCGCAACGUUUGUCGGCGGGGGUGCUGUACACGUCCUGUUGCUUGCGUGGGACGGCGAUGCGCGAGAGUCUUCCUUUUUGUUGUUGUGCUUGCUAAUGUUACUCGCGUUGGUUUCUGUUAUCCGUUAACGGAGCAGGGAAUCUCCGCCACUGCGUGCGUAGUUUCGUCGAGAAUGACCGCGGCGUGACUUGUGUAAUCCGGGAAAUCUCCCCAUUCUUGGAAGGGACGAUCAUUCUCGAGCUAGAUUAUUCUUGUGCGUGACACCGGGUCGGAGGUUUCCAGUACGUACGCUAGGUUGAUGGAUGAAGUGAGACCGACAGUUUCGUGAAAGAAGGGUAGAGGUAUUUCAGAUGCAUGGAAGGCCUGUUUCUGUAUCCUAUAGAAUCCGAAAUCAAACUGUUAAGACUAGUCAGCGAUGGUUUGAUUUCGGCUUCUACAAUCCACAGUCUUGCCGUCGGGAUGUGAAUCCAAUGUGCAUAUAUGUGCGGUAUCAUGUAUUCAAUCCACCUUCCUGUGCGUAGCAUCUCUAUGCGAAAUAAGCUACUGUUUUUCUUUUUUGUGGUCUGAGGUUACUGUUGCUCUUGGGCGCUGACUAUUUCGACUGCUUGUUCAAGGUCGCUUCGUCUCGUCUGCUUUUUCCGAUUUUGCGCUGGGUAGGGGG